AUGGGCCGGUCCGGAUGUACGCGGUUAGACCAGUCCGCGAGGCUUCCAGCACAGAUCUCCGACGUACUGCAGCAGGAUGUACCGCCUAACGUCAAGUUCGAAGUCGACGACAUUGAAGACAGCUGGACGUACUCGCACCUGUUUAAUUACAUCCACAGCCGAAUGAUGAACUCUAGCAUAUCCAAGUGGGAGGAGUACAUUCGUCAAUCUUACGAGUACAUUCAAAACCUCACCCCCGGCAGCUGGCUCGAGCUCCAGGAUUUCGCCCAACCCCUCUCCGAUGAUGACACACUAAAGGAGGAGCACGCUCUCUAUCAGUCCAUGAAGCACCUCGUCGAGGCGGCGGCCAAAACGGACCACGCUUUUGUUGACCUUGACGCGCUCAAGCAUAUGAUGGAGGCCGCCGGCUUCGUCGACUUGUCGGAGCUGCGCUUCAAGUGGCCCAGCAACACGUGGCCGCGGCACGCAAAAUUCAAAGAGCUCGGCGCCUCGAACCACGAGAACAUCACGACCGGUCUGCAGGGGUUCCUCAUGGCGGCUCUGAUACGCGGGUUGGGGUGGAAGGCGGAUGAGGUGAACGUGCUGGCUGCGCAGGCGAGGAAGGAUGUCGGGGAUCGGAAUAUUCAUGCCUACUGGCCCAUGUGA